CUUCUCGCUUCUCCCCCGCGGGCAGGAUGGCGGAUCUGGGCAGUCACCGCUGCCACAACUGUAAUAUGGUUUUCCGCACCUUCUCGCUCCUGGAGAAACAUAGGGAGAAAUUCUGCAUCGGAAGCCAAAUCGGAGAUCCCAGCGCCCUGAGCACCCGAUACAGCGGCCCAGGCGCCCCCACGCGAUUAUCCGGCGGCAGAGAAUUCCCACGCACGGCGGAGACGCCAGAUUUCAAGACACGAGACAGCAUCGCGCGACUGAGGGCGAGAGAGGACCUGCUGAACGAGCGGGAGCAGCGGCUGAUCGGGGGGCCACCGGGGAGCCUCACAGACAGCAAAGCGUUAAGGAACCUGACGGAGGAGUUCCACAUGUUGAGGAAAUCUCUGGAGGCUUCUGUCCCGACGCUGCGAUCCAUUCAGUUUCAGGGCGAGCCUGGACUUUCCUCCCAGUGGGAUCGAGAAUACCGAGAACGCAUUCUGGAAAUGACACGGGCGCACGAACGCCACCUGGCCGACAUCCAGGCCCGGAACCAGGCUCUGGAGAUGCAGAGAGAAGAAAUCCGUCAGCGGCUGUCCGACGUCGCCAGCAGCGGCAGCAGCAGCUCCACCGGCCACUUCGAACAGAUGCUUCUGGAGUUAAAGGCUCAAGAGGAGAAGAGCCAACUGGCGCUCGAUGCUCUGAGGGACCAGGUGGUGCUCAUCCAAUCAGAGAGCAGGGCUAAAGCAGAGAAGGUGAAUAAAGAUCGUCCGCCCAGCACGAAGAAGGAGAGAGCUCCGCUCACCAUCAUCCCCUUCCCCGUCCGCGGCGGCAGCCUCUCCUCCGAGAUCAGCGCUCUCCAGCUCGCCUAUGUCCAGAGCGGUGGCAGCGACCCGGCUGUCCUGGCACAAAUGAGGGACCUGCAGGCGGAGGCCUUGGCGUUCGAGGAGAUUCCCCACAAGCAGGACCGGAAAGAGAAGAAGAAGAAACGCCACGAUGACGGCCCCAGGACACUGGAUGUGGAACUCAUGGCGGUGGAUCUCGAAAAUCAACGUCUUCAAGAAGAAAUCUUCAAUUUAAAGCUGCAUCGGGGCCGGAAAAAAACAGAGACCGGGGACUCAGAGUUGGCUGAGCUUCAACGUGAACAUCUUCAACAAAUGUCUCAGCUCCAAGCAGACAUUGAGAUGCUCAGAAGGGACGUAACUAGAAUGCCUCCUCGGGGGGGCCACGGACCCCCACCCUUCCAACCUCCACCCUUGGCUCCUCCACUCCCACCUACUGUUCACCCACCAGGACAGCCUCUAGGCAGACCAGAGCCAACCAUUGCCAUGGGGGGGCUGGACACUCUACGACCUCCAAGCCCAACAGCAAACAGACAUAUUCUGGAGCCUCUGGAUGCACUGGGACCAGCGCCGUAUGACCCAGUGUCUGGCUUCGUCAUCUUCUACGACUUCAUACUGGGGCUGGAGCCAACGUUCCAGAAGGUGCGGCUGGUGAGCGGGCUGUAUAGUAAUGGGCACAGCAUGGGCAAACCGUCUACCCUCCCAGAUGCCCAUUCCGAGGUGUGGAACUCAUCCCAACACCUGGUGAAUAAUCCCAGAGGGAAUAUCGCAAUGUUACGAGCCAAGCAGCCGAUACCAAGGGUUCGGCCGUCUGCCUCUAUUUCUCUUAUCAUGGAGCUUCAAGCUGCCGGAGGAUUCAAUCUGUACGGCCAGGAGGUUCAGCACAUGUCGUCUUCUGGCUGGACAAAGCUGGACCUGUUCGAUCAGCACAACCAGGUCCUGAGCGGCCGGUGGAAGCUGCCAAUAAGGGCCCUACCUAUCCGCCCAGGCCUGAACACUGGUCAACUCAACACAGUCCCACAGGUUGGAAAAGCAGAACUUUAUGUCCGUGUCAUCAAUGCCAGAGACGCUGAUCUCCAGUCCAUGGCGGAGAUAGACCCCAGGAACUCCUCGCUCCACCACUAUCCUCCACUGAUGCCCGUUCCUGCUGCAGCCGCUACAGAUAACCCCGCACCUGCGCUGGCCCCCCGACUGCCCCCCAGCUCAUUUCACCCGGCUCUCGCCCCAUACACUGACUAUGUCGAUCCACCCCCAGUCCAGGAGCUUCCAAACCAGCCGAGGGAUAAUGGUGCAAAAGAGAAAGAAAGGAAAGAAGAGCGGGAAACAGGGACUAGAGUGGGCUUCAUCAUAGACAGAGUGACCGAGGCCCCCCCAGGAGAUGGGACGCUGAGACUGACCGGAUACCACAUGAACACUGGACAGGUGAUUCGCACACAGGGGAUGGGGAUGUCCUGUAUUAUUUCAGCUGUCAGCUCUACGGUCCAGAGCAGCUGCUUCAUCUUCGGGGAGCAGGAGGCGAUAUUCGACAAGGUCGCUCCAGAGGAGGAUAUGCUGCUGAUGCUGCGCUUCUACCACUGGCCCGGGGGCAGCACCGCCUGGGCUCCAUGGCACUACCGCAAGAGUCUGCAGCCCCUGCUGGCCAGUGAGGAGUGGGCCGUGGCCUGGACUGUGGUCAGACUCACCAGACCGCAAUCACCGGAUGCUGGAGCAGGUUCUACCGAUCCUGGGAGCCGCCACAUUGAGUGGAACACGGGAAUUCAUGAGCUCCCCCUGUAUCACCGUCCGGCCCCCCCGGUGCUCGAGCUUUGUGCCAUUCGGCCGGACAGCUACGUGGAGACGUUUGAGCCGUACGGUGGCGCCAGGUUACGGUUCUGCAUGUUCAGCAAAAUGCGACCGGAUUUUCCUUUUCCUGUGGAGUCUCCAGUCACAGACAGCAAUUGCGGAGUUCUCCCAGAGGGUGUAUACAUUCCUCAUUCCCGGAGGACCCCCCCUGCAGAGUCUUUCCAGUCUGAUGACAUCAUCGGGCUCUUCAUUGACGGUGCGCGGUUCCUGCCUGAUGCCGUGACGGUCACUUGGGUCACUGGGAGGGUAUUUGACAAGAACUAUGACCAGAUUGGGCCAGAUAUCUGCACCGGGAUCGACUUAAGCAGCGACAUCUUCCAACCGUCCUAUAAUUACUCAGUAGAGAUCAUCUCUCCAAACAUCUCGCCUACCGCCACCCUGCUGCUGAAGGUUUAUACCAUAGAUCGCUUCACCAGGGAUCUGGCUUUGAUCGGUUGGGCAGCGAUUAAUCUCUUUGUAGAGUCUGGAACCCUUAUAGCCCCAAAAUCCGAAUCUGGAGACGUUCAGAUCGCAUUAAAUGAAGGGGCGCACCAGAUCCGCAUCUACCACCGCCCCCCGCCUACCGACCAGGCGUUUUCUGUGGAUUCACUGACAUCAUCAGGACGCGUUGUGCCCUGCGCCACAUUAUUACUGCGCAUCACCAAGGCCCGAUCCAUGACCACCGCCAGGGGGCGCCCCGAAUACUCUGAGCAGGUUUAUUUCUCCGACACAGCUCUCCCCACCCUGGGGGAAACUCAGCUGUACAGAGCAAUGAUGAACAGGUCGAUGGUACGGGUCAGGGAGGUGAUUCCUCGUCUCGCUGGCAGCUCUGCGCAGGGUCUCUUGACUGACGAACUCCUUUCUGAUUGGGUAAAUAAGACAUUUAUAGAGAAGAUGAAGGAAGCCCCCCGACCCUUUCAGCUGUGCUGCGUCUCCCCAUAUCUUAUCACGGCAGGCAUGAAGAUCUCGGUGGACACAGCCCUGAAUUUGCCAUGGUCAGGUUUCACCUUCGCUCAUAUUUGCUUCAACCCCCCAGCAGCCUAUUAUUAUGGGCACCCAUGGAUGACAUAUGACCGCGCCACGACCAUAUAUGACAUCAAUCUGAACAGUGAUCAGCGUUGUCCAGCAUGGCAGGAUGGAUUUAAGACCUUCACUCGCAGAAUUUUCCAUGAACAUCUGACCCUCAUCAUCCACCUACAUGAGGUUGUGACACUAGCACCGGAGAGUAAUGACUCUGAGCAGAUUCGGUCUGGAACAUCAACGCUGGAAACCGCACCUAUGCUCAGACCGGCUUUGCAGGCAUGGACGGCACUGGGGGUCUUCUACCAAAGCUACUGUAACCUGGGGGUGUUCCAGCUGCCCCUAUACCAAGGAGCCCCCAGCCAGACUGCGUUGCGUGCUCUGCGGUCUGGAAACUGCUGGGAAAAACUGCAGGAGAUGGAACAGGAGAGAAAGAUCAUGAGGUUACCGGCAGCGUCUGUCAUUGUGCGGAUUGCUGACGGACGGCGCCAGGCGGAGGUAACAACCUACAAUCCGCAGGAUGUAAACCAGAUGUACUUACCGGACGACGCCAUCGACUCGUACACCGCACAGCCAAGUGGGAGAAGCCUGGCAGACCUCGUGCCAAGCACGCAGCAACCAGACAACUUCAAGACUCUCCUCGUGAACUGGUACAGAAAGUACCUGAUGUCUCAUCCACAAUCCACCACAGAUCCGACACCAGGAGAGGACGACCCUUCAACAAACUGCUAAUCUGCGAGCGGCCAUCCUAAACACCGCACCGGUCUCUGCCGUCACCCUGUGAUCACUUGGGCAUAGAUCUGCGUUAUACAGUCGUACGCCCCGUAACGGAGGUUGAGGCACUGACGCACGCUCAACCUCCUCCGUGUGCUCACAUGUGGCAGCAGUGAUGCCGUUUUCUGCAACAUUACAAUGUAGUUACUU